AGGUCAGUAGUAAGUCAGUAGGUGAGUAAGUGAGUAGGUGAGUCAGUCAGUUAGUGAAAGAAAGAGCAAACAUGGAUCCCCAAAAAGUCCAAGAAAUUGUUUCCCUGAAAAUGAACAAUAUCUUUCCUCCAAACUUCACCAAGAGUGAGAGAUAUGUUUUGAAAAGAAGGGCAGAGAGUUACCAACUCAUUGGUAAGGCAAACCACACAACAUCACUUUACCCAUUGCAUUAUAAAAUGUUGAAAUGUAUGUUAAAAUGUUUAUGGCAAUGUGUCCCUAGAUGGUGAACUAUUACCAGUGCCAGAGGAAGCAAGAAGAACAGCAACAUCACCUUGCAAAGGUUGUUCUUACUUCACAGGAGGCCAAUGAUAUCUUUGUGGAAUUUCAUGCCAGUGCCAUUGGGGCUCACUGUGGAGUUGAAAAAACCAUGCACGCUAUCGUGCAACGAUACUACUGGCCUGGGAUGAAGGCAGACAUCACAAAAUGGAUUGCACAGUGUGAUGACUGUCAGAGGAAGAGGGCCUCUAUAAAGGAAAAGAUGCAGUACAAACCUAUCGAGGUUUCUGAGCCAUUUGAACUGGUUGGAAUGGACCUGGUUGGAAAAUUAAAGUGCUCCAACAAGGGAAACAUGUACAUGUGUGUAAUGGUGGACUAUUUUACCAAAUGGAUGGAGGUAUAUCCACUUAAAAGUAAAAAGGCGGAAAAAGUUUCAGGGUGCAUAAUGGACUUCUUUUAUAAAUAUGGUGCACCCAAACGGAUUCUUACGGACCAGGGAAAAUAAUUUGUUAACAAAAUCAACCUGGACAUGUGUUCCAAGCUUGGCAUUGCCAGAAGCCUCUGUGCCCCAUAGCACCCGCAAACCAAUGGCUUGGUGGAAAAGCUCAAUGGCACCAUUCAAGGGAGCUUUGAAAAAAAUGGUGAAGGGCCACCCAUGUGACUGGGAUGAAUAUUUAAAGCCCACCGUAUUUGGUCUACGCACCAAAAAACAGCUGACAACAAAAUACUCCCCAUAUUUCUUGAUGUAUGGAAGGGAGGCCCGAUACCCUUCUGAAAUUCCGGACAAGUGGCAGAUAACUGACGAGGAAGUCAAUGUACUGGUUGGAAACCAGGAGGUAUCAUUGACUUCCUCACUGACGGAUGUCUACCCCAAAGUGGAGAACAAUAUAUUGGCAGGACAAGAGAGGGUGCGGAAGAGAAAACUUUCAAUGGGCCAGGAUGAUGGCUUUGUGGUGGGGGACCUGGUGUUGAGAAAAAACAUUUGCCAGGAACAAAGGAAGGGGGGCAAGAUGGAAGCUGAUCUUUUAGGUCCAUACACCAUUGUCAACAUUGACAAAAAAAGUGCUGACCUUCAAACAGAAGGACAAAUAUUUGAGAAGAUCAACAUUGAUCAUCUUAAAAAAUGUGUUGAACCCCAGCCAAGAAUACCAGCUAAAUGGAUUGCUGCCUCCAUGCCUCCUCCAGCACUGCAGCUUAUCCCCUCCACGCUUCCUCCAGCACUGCAGCCCAUCCCCUCCACGCCCCCUCCAGCCCUGCAGCCUAUCCCCUCCACGCCUCCUCCAGCACUGCAGCCCAUCCCCUCCACGCCUCCUCCAGCACUGCAGCCUAUCCCCUCCACACCCCCUCCAGCCCUGCAGCCUAGUCCACAAUCAUGCACCCUAGCCACAAUCCUCCAGUCUCCUGUCUGUCAACCAUCAAAUUCACUCACCCCAGAGGAACUAAUAGCAGAAAUCUGGUCCGGAAAACGGCAAGGGGUGUUGUGGAGCAAGGUAGGACCCUACAAACUCUUUGCUAGAGACCUGCUGAAUCUGGCCCCUGGAAGAGAAGUAGAGAGUGAGGUAACCGCCUGGUGGUCCCACCGCUCAAGACUGCCAGGUCCCAACACAAGCUCUUCUCCUGUCAUCUAUCCAAAGGAGAAGCGGGCCCUGUACAUUAACCCCCUCGGUGAAACCCCUGACCAAAUAAAAAAUUGCAAGGAUAUCACAAGAUCCGUGACCAUCCACGUCAGCAAGACUCAACGUCCUUUUGCAGAGCUUGUCCUCAAUGAGGACUUCAGUACUGGGGAUUUCAGUACUGACGAGGCUGCUACUAUUCAGUGGAGAAGGGAAAUAACUUGCAGACUGGAUGCCACCUUACACUGCCUCCGACUCCAGCAGCAGAACAACUUCCGAGACAGGUCGCAAAGAAGUUUCCAGGAGGAAGAGGAGGAGUCCCGAUCUUCUGUGUAA